GCCGUCCGAUGCGAAUCUGUGUGGAUAACUCAUAAGCACAUACGCAAUGGGUCGACGGCCGGCCAGCCGCCACUCCUUUGCAAAGCUUCAAGUUGUUUGCGUUGGAUGCUCCGCUUCGGCCGAGAUUGCUCAUGGCCUCAGAGAACAACUUCAGCCCACAGAUCUGUUGGGAGCCACGGCCUGAGACUGGGGCGGCGGCGUCUCGCGCUGGGCAGCCGUGCGGCGACGAUGCUGGGCUUCUUGCACGGCCAGCGCACUCCCCGGCUGCAGGGCCAGGAGGGCUGCAAUGGGAGAGACGGCCACAGCCGCCCCAGUGUUGCUGAGGAGGUGUGCUACAUCCAGCUGCCGCGAGUCGACGAGGGCGACGCUGCCGCACAGCAGGCCAUCCACCACACACAGACGGGCCAUCCCAAGGUCACCUUGCAAUGCUCCUAGUGCAUCUCUGCGUGUGUGGCCAUCGGCCUCUGAUGUCUGUGUCCCUCCCUCCCUCAAGGCAUUGCAGAUGUCAGCGGCGGCCUCGAGUGACCAGGUCCCUCUGCUGCAGGACGAUGAGCACGGGCUGAUGGAGCCCCAGCUGCCGGACGUCACCGAUGACAUCACCAAGGCACCGAGACGCCUUGAGCAGGUCUGUGGCUGUGAUGCGGACAGCGGCACGGUCACACACUCUGAGAGGUCUCUUGGACGUCUGUGUGUGUCAUCUGCAGGUGCCCCUGGUGGGUGCCCCAGCUGCCGACGAUUUUUAUAAUUGGAUACCGACGUACGGCCUGAGAGACAGCAUCAAGGAGGCCAUCGAUGAAGAGGAUGCGGAGGGUCUGCGGAAGGCCCUCGCCGGUCUGUCGCCUGAGCAAACCGAGAAAGCACUGACGACCAGAGAGUGGUUCCCUUGGGGAUCUGCCAUCCACUAUGCCGCAAGUACGCCUCUUCGCACCACUACACACACAUGAUGCGGCUACAUGGCCUGUGUGUGCUUCUCAGACAAGUGCUCGGAUGUGGCUGUGUUUGAGGUGCUGCUGGACAACCGACGCCACCUGCUCAACCUGAAACGGGUAUCGUGCUCGUCAGUUACAUUCAUUCUGCCCAUUCGCCGACCGGUGUCUUCGCUGCAAUCUUCAUGCUGUGUCUGUAGGGUGGCUGGACGCCUCUUCAUUUGGCAGCAGUCUUCGGGUCAGCUGAUGUUGUGGAGAAGUUUGUCGAGUGGGGCGGCAAGGAGCUGCUGGAGGCUAAACACAACGUAUGGACGAGGGAAUGUCGAGUGAUGGAUUGGACAGCUUGUGUGUCUUGGUCGUGCUAUGAUUCAGGAUGGAAAGACGCCUCUUCAUGAGGCAGCAAGUCAGUCACCCCUGCAAAUGACAACCACACGAGUGCAUGAGUCUUCGAGGUGUCUCUCUUCGCUCUCCUGCAGGGUUUGGCCGUGCUGAUGUGGCGGCGGUGAUGUUGAAGAUCAACCCGCAGCUGUUGAAGAUCAAAGACAACGUAGGCUGCACUGCACCGAUCGAGCUCUGUGUCGAUGUUGUCGCUUGUCGUGACUCUGACAGAGGGGAAAGACGUCUCUAGAUAAUGCCCUUCACAAAGCGUCAGUCGUCGUAGAGAUCCUUGCUGUGGCUGGAGACAUGGUCAUGGAGCUGCUCGAACGAGGCGUGAAAGUGGAAGAUGUGUCGGCCGAGGAUCUUAAGAAGGUGGUGCCCUUGGCGAAGCGAAUUUUGAAGGACAAAUCUGAGUCGCUGGGCCUCGACAGCCUUCGCUGCUGUGCCGUCUUUCGCAAAGUGAUGAAGUCACGACCGAAGGACUCCGUCACAGAUGACCUUGAGAGGACUUCCAACCGGCAGGAGGUCAAUUGACAGACACACAGAGCACAGCAGUCUUCACUGCUGCAUUGAUUGUCAAAUUGGUUCAGGCGCUCACAGCCAAUUUCUGCAGCGAUACAACAGAAGAAAACUUCCAACAGUCACUUGCAGGCAAAGAGAGAGAAUGGUUUGCGGCGCUCGAGUCGGCAGAGCCCCUUUCUGUCGUCACCCAAGGUAAGCCGCACAAGCGAUCUCCUCGUUUCUCUGUCGGUCCGCUCAUGCCUCCUCCGUCUCCCUGCCAAUGAUUGCGAAAGCCAACUGCACACCUCUCGUCACAGAGCAUUGGAAGGAAGGCUACGAAGUGUCGAGCAUCCAGCUGUCACCCCGAGAUGUCUUCAUCAGCCGGUGCUGUCAAUGCUGCUGAUGUGAGACUGCAGCCAUGGACAAGGAUACAGGCAGAGAGAAGCAUCUCUAUCUGUCUGUGUGAUAUCAGGGUGGCCUUUGUGCUGCUGCACAUCGAGUCUAUCAAGGGAGACAGCGGCAUGAUGAUGCCGUUGGAGUGGCCGGCGGUGUGGCUGUGGGGCUCAGUGCUGACCGGCAGCGGCUUUGUCCUCCUGGAAAUCUUCCAAGUAUGCCUCACUGAUCGACAACAAUAUGUCUCGUCCUCUGUGUGUGCAGUUCAUCCGGCUGAAGGCAGCGUACUGGGCCGACUCAUGGUACGCCUCAGGCUUCGUGCUGGCGGCUCCAUUUGUGUGUUGUCGGUGUGUGCCGAUGAAGGAACUGGGUGGAUGCUGGAAGUUCGCUGGCCAUGAUCGCCUUCAUAGCCAUUCACUUCGCUGGCUGGUCGGAGGAGGCGGAGGUCAGCUCAGGGAUCGUCAUAGCGCUCCUCUUUGCGCUGCGCCUCCUCCAAACGGCCAGCCUGCACCCAGCCGUGGGACCUCUCAUACUGUCAGGGAGAGAGACACAGACACAGAGAGAGAGAGAAAGGUGUCUGAUGGUGUGUGUGAUGGGGGUGUUUGUGUCAGUGCGGUUGUGAGAAUGUUUUCGGACAUCAGCAUGUUUCUGUGUCUGUACGUCUACAUCCUGCUGGUCUUCGCGGUCGUCUUCACCCUCCUCUCGUCCGACGAAGACCACCAGUACUUCGGCUCCUUCGCCAAAGCCACGCUCACGCUGUACUCGAUGACACCGACACACACAGAGAGAGAGCGCCAGUCGUCAUGUGCUGUUGGUUGGCUGCAUUCCAUCAGUUUCUACGGUGGUCUUGGCGACUUCAAUGAGGCGCUGACCAACGCCAUCGAGAGCCACGACACGCUGGGGACCGUCCUGCUGUUCACAUACGUCAUCUUCUCCUCCAUAAUACUCGUACGUGAGAGUCAACACCACUCACUUCCCCCGAUGGACGAGCCACACACACAAUGACUCCCUUUGUUGUUGUCUCUCUUUCUCUGCCCGUCUGUAUCGAUAGCUCAACCUGCUCAUCGCCAUCAUGGUAAGACAGGCACGAGACACACACAAGGGACAUGAGCGUGCCAACAGUUGAGCGAUGCUCUUGUAUGUGUCUCUCUCUAUGUCAGGCGUCGACGUAUGCGGCCAUCGAGGAGACACAAACUGCGCAAUACCAGUAAGGAGAGACAACAAAGCGAGACAGACAGACACAUAAGGCUCUCUCUCUCUCCGUGAAUGGCUGCAGGUUGCUGCGCCUUCGCGUGUUGAAUGAGUACCUCACAAUGCCGCACCACGAGCGGCUGCCGCCGCCAUUCGAUCUCAUCGGUCGGUGCGACCGACAAGAGACAUCAGCUGCACCCACCGCAUGUGAGCAUCUGUGUGUGUGCAGCUGUGGUCGUGUCGGAGCCCCUGCGCUAUGUCGCCUCCCUCAUCAGCGGACGGCAGUCGGCACUCUGCCGCAUUGCCUUCUGGUCGAUGAAGGCCCUCUACUACACCAUCGACGCGCUCCUGUUUGCCGUCGCCUUCACUCCAAUAGCCAUCUACCGUCAGCUGGGGAAGCUUCAACGGUGCAUACGGGAGGGAAAGUACUGGCAGGUACUUUGCGUACCCCUUAUCAUCCUCUUCGCGCCACUUUUUCUCCUCAUGGUCUAUGCUCAAGCAAAGGUCCAAGUAACGGUCCGGCAAUAGACUCUCUCCAAUUUCUUCCCUUUGGAAUUUAUAUGUUUGUUGCCAAAGCCAUAUCGGGGGGACACCGAGGAGGAGAAAGCAAGACGAGGCGUUGUGCACAGGAAUCAUUCAAAGACAGCAUCGACAAGUGGAUGGAGGCCGCGGAUCAUCACGACUCAAACUUCCCUGACGUCAUGGCAGGUGAGACGAACCUGUCACACACAAUCAGACAGGUUUUUUUUCUUUUUUUUAUAUGCUCUGCAGCCCUCAAGCACAACCAGUCGUCUCAAUGUGAGGUGCUAGCAGGUGACAAUGACAGUAAACAAGACAGGCAGGCAGCCAGGUGAGCAUGAACUUUGCCUCUUUCGAUGUACUGCAGCUCUCACGCACUUCAAAAAAUACAUCGAAGACGAGAUUCACUCUUCUCAAGCCGAGAUGCUGUCAAGUAAGAGAAGGUUUUUUAACGCAAACUCUUCAACGGAAUGUUGUCUGGGUUUGCUUUGCCUCUCAGUGUUGAAAAGAAUGGAUGAACGGCUGACGAAAAUGGAAACCAAGAUGGGAUAGCUACGAAUGGCC